AAGGAAAGAAGACUUGCAACAAUUUGUGCAUUAUUGUCCAUCAGUUAACAAGUGCAUUAAGUCUUUAUCUGUUUGUUUUUAAGUGUUUGAUUUCCACCAAGCUGCUGAUGGUGCUCAGGAGCAGCAGAGGCAACAGCAAGCAGGAAAAACUUUGGGCACCACAAAGAAGGGGAUCGGACCGGUUUAUUCUUCAAAAGCAUCUCGAAGUGGGCUUAGGAUAUGUGAUCUUCUGACUGAUUUUGAUUCCUUUUCAGAAAGGUUUAAAGUCUUGGCAAAUCAGCACAUGUCAAUGUAUCCAAAUCUGGAAGUUGAUGUGGAAGGGGAACUGGAAAAGCUUCAGGGAUACGUGGAGAGAAUCAAACCUAUGGUAAGAGAUGGCGUUUACUUCAUGUAUGAAGCUUUACAUGGUCCAGAAAAGAAGAUCUUAGUUGAAGGAGCCAAUGCAGCAUUGUUGGAUAUCGAUUUUGGUACUUAUCCUUUUGUGACUUCAUCAAAUUGCACAGUGGGUGGUGUGUGCACAGGUCUGGGAAUCCCUCCUCAGAAUGUAGGAGAAGUAUACGGAGUGGUGAAAGCCUAUACAACAAGGGUUGGAAUUGGUGCAUUUCCGACGGAACAAGAUAACGAUAUUGGUGAAUUGCUACAGUCUCGAGGAUCAGAAAUAGGGGUCACCACAGGUCGACGGAGGAGGUGUGGCUGGCUGGAUCUUGUCUUGCUCAAGUAUGCUCACAUGAUCAAUGGAUUUACUGCUUUAGCACUAACCAAAUUGGACAUCCUGGACGUAUUCGCAGAGAUUAAAGUCGGAGUUGCCUACAAGGUUGAUGAGAAAGUAAUACCUCAUUUUCCGGCUAACCAAGAGGUCUUGAACAAGGUGGAAGUUCAAUACGUGUCUCUACCUGGCUGGAACACCAACACAGCACAAUCAAGAACAUUUGAAGAUCUGCCCACAAAUGCACAGAACUAUGUCCGGUUCGUUGAAGGACAUCUUGGUGUGCCAGUUAAAUGGAUUGGGAUUGGCAAGUCAAGAGAAUCGAUGAUUCAGCUAUUUUAGAAUUGGUGUUGCCAAGAAGAGCCCCAGAGUUAACUUCAAGUUGAUCUUGGGAAAUGUUGCAUCUUCAAAUACCAAAAUUAGUAUUCUUUUUAUCUGACAGAAAUAUAGGGAUGCACAAGCUCUGUGUUUGGAUGGGGGAAGAAUGUGGGAGUUCAUUUAAAAAAAAAAUGACUUGUUGAAAUUCUGUUCAACGUUCAGAAAAUGUACACUCUUCAUUUUAUUCAGGGAUGGUUUAGUAAGCUGCUGUUAAUAAGUAUUAAGAUUUCAUUGCUCUGACACCGUUGAGCUUCAGUAUAACCUACUGACACUUCUUUGAUUUUUAGAUGUAUAUUGGGUUUUUUAAGAUCUAGCCAAAAUUGCUGAUUUUUUUAAAAAAAGAUUGAUGACAUAGGUGAAUAAAAUAAAAUGAAAGAUUAUUCCUUAUACUCUUUAAGAAUGUGGUUCUGGUUUCUCAGUGAGGCGGACUGACUUUCCUUUCCUAUGUGCUAUAGUUGCUCUAUUGACGGGGCAAGACCUUUGACCUUUUGCAGUGGGUAAUGGUGCAAAUAUUUUGUUACGUGUAACACAAAUUGCAAUAAUUUUCGCAUUAUAGGCAGCCCAUGCAAUUGUGUAUUGGAACAUCAAUACAUGUGAGCAGAAGAUUGAUAAUUUGUUUGUCAGAUUUUUGCUGAUGCUCAUAUUCUAGUAGUUAUUAAAAAUGAAAUUUAUUCCAUCAAACUUUAUUUCUCCACAAAGGUAACUGAGCCUCCCCCUCACCACUGUAUAAUACUAACCAGGGAGGAUUUACAUAAUAUAUAUUAAAUUGAGGUUAUCUGUGUCAUCCAUGGGAGGUUCAACUGAAUUUUGUUUAUUAUGUUGCUGACACCAGCAGCUAUGACAGAUUCUGUCAAACAGUGUGAAGAAUGAUUUUCUAUAAAGGGAUUAAUAGAUGCAGCAUAAACUGUUUUAACAGUUGAUUACCUGUAACAAUACUACUGUUACUUAAAAUUUUAACAACAACAAUGUAUCAGAAGUUUCAAGAUUUAAAAAGGGUUGAAGUGGUGGAGCUAUUUCUAAAGAUACAAGAGAGAUGUAUCUGUGGAGAGAUUUCACCUCAAAUGAUGGUCUGCCUACUAUGUCCUAUACAGUAAUCACUCAGCAACUUUCAUCCCCUAUUGGUUGGAGUCUUUCUGAUGUCUAAGUCCUAUUAUGUGGUGAUGAGAAACUCUAUAUGCUGACAGUGACCAAUUUCUGAGCUGUAAAUCUUGGUGUUUUUAAACUCACAUGGGAAAGUGAAAUAAAAGGAGAGUGGAAACGUGAUUUGAAAUUCAAUGCAGAGUUUAACCAAGAGCUAGAGAAAAGAAAUAGUUGACAAUUCAAUAUUGUUGCCUCACUUAAAAUUUUAUUAUUAAUCAUUUCUGAAAUAUGAUCCCCUUUUGCAUGGACAAAUCCCUCAUAAAUGUUGAAUAUUUGAAUGCUUCAGGAGAGUCCCAAAUUAAUGUGGGCCUUUUUUUUCCCUACAGUCUAUAACUGAUUUGCUUUCCAGCCUUAUGCUGUUGUCCAUUUUGGGUCAUUAACUCUUUUUGCUCAGAGUUUACUGUUGACCUACAACAGCUUAGAAUUGUUACAAUUGGUAGAAUUUUACAACCAGCUUUUUGAAGGAGUUGGCCACUUAGUCUAAUUCCCCAUAGCUUUUUAUAUUUUUAUUGAAUAUUUUCUGGUCCUUUUUAAAAAUUAUUUGUUCAAAAUCAAGUAGACUAUUUCAUGUCUUAAUAGGCUUAUUUUGUAUAGUUUUAAAAAUUACAUAAAAGUUUAACCUCUCCGAGCACUGGCAGUCUCACAGUAGAACAUUUCAGUACUUGUUCAUAACAUUGGGCUGAGUACAUAUCGCUACUCUUCUAGCAUUGAACAAACUGGUAUCCUUCAAGGUAAAAAUACUGGACCUUCAAGUAAUGGUUCAUUGGCUUCUUCCAGCCUGUGGAGCAUUUUCAAUUCAGUUAAACUUCAUCCAGUGAAACCCAGCACUUGUCAGUGUACUUCCGUGAAGAUAAUUGGGAGACUUCUAAUUGAUUUGUCAUAUUUACACCAGAGAUGAAUGCAAAUUUGCACAGUUUAUUUGCUACUUUAACUAUUCUCUAAAGAUUCUGUUUUCCUAUGUUUCUGCCUACAGAAUUUUUCUUUAAAAGAAUGUCAGUCACUUUGUUGUACUGUAAAUUCAUAAUGUGGCUGGUGUGCAAGAUAUUUUCUUGGGGUUGGAGAGGGCACAAUUACAGAGAGGAUUCAUGUAUAUUGUGCAUGGAUGAUUAAUUUGUAUGUGUACAGGCUGUAAGUGUUUUACUUUGUAAAUUAUGCAACUCUUGACUUUUUAAACACAUAACUAUUGAAACUCCAGGUGGGCUGGUAAACUUAUCCUCAGAAAAUAAAUUCUGCAAUGACCCUCUA